AUGGUUUCUCCCCCUGCGAAUAUCGACCGUUAUGUCCCAGGUCAAGAAGCGGCCGCGCCCAUGCCACUUGCAAACCCAAUUCAAGAUCCUUUGAAGCUGCCCUACCAGGUGGGCUUUUCCUACUUUGGCGAAUGGUGGAGAGCGAACGAGAAAAUCAAGGAGGAGAAGGAGCGACUCAGAACUGGUCGUCGCCGGGAGCCAGAGCGCGUUCGGAGUGCCCGCGAAGCCCAGGAGGAGCGAGACAAGGAAAAGGCCAAGAUUCAAGUUGCCUAUGACGCCUACAAGGAAGAUCUUCAGGCAAAGAUGGCUCAGAAUUUCGUCAAGCUGCACAAAGAGGAGCAGUGGUUCAGGGAGCGCUACGUCCCGGGAAUCAGGGACGCCUUCCGCCAACAGUUGCAAGGGCACCGGCGUGAAGCAUACGCUCAAUGGGAGCAGGACCUCAACAAUGGCGUCUUUGAUGAACUUUCGUUGGAGGGCAUACCCAAGAGUGAGAGCAAUGGUGCCGGUGGAGUUGUAGAAAAGGAGGAAGGUGAAGCCACCGCUGCUAGCGAGGUUCUCGGCGUCGGUGACCUGGUGCCCGUCAGUAGCGAUGUAAGAGACGACAGUCUUUACCAGCCAACCUUACUCAUCAAGACCAUUGCCCCCUCGGUUAGUCGUCAGAAUCUGGAGGCGUUUUGCAAAGAGUAUCUCGGAGAAGGUGAGGGCGGGUUUAAGUGGUUGUCACUGAGCGACCCCAACCCCAGCAAACGCUUUCACCGUAUUGGCUGGAUUAUGCUCAAUCCCGCCUCCGAAGCGCCUGCGUCCGAGGAUGGGGACACCAAAGAUGAAGACGGUGACAUCGAACCUCCCGUCAUGUCAACUGCCGAGAAGGCCCUCGAAGCUAUCAACGGCAAGACUGUCAAGGAUGAGCAGCGAGGUGAUUUCAUCUGCCACGUUGGUGUGCACAACCCGCCGGCCAACCCAAGAAAGAAGGCCCUCUGGGAUCUCUUCUCUGCUCCCGAGCGUAUCCACAAGGACCUUGAAUUGGCCACAGAUUUGAUCCACAAGUUCGAAAGUGAUUUCGGCUCUGAUUUCAAUGCCAGUCUCCAUAUUGAGGAGCAUGUCGAACAGUUGCGGGCUAACGGGCAACUCCAACCUGCUGUCGCUGCUGCUCCCGUCAAAAAGCCAAAGGUAGAGCGAUCUCUCGAUGCCGAUGAAGCUAUGGACGCAGAGGUUGAGGAGGGAGAGGAGGGAGCGGUCGAUGAUGGAGAAGAUGAGGAUGAAGGUAUGGUGGACGAUGAAGUUGACGAUAUCGACUUGCUAGUUGCAAAGAAGCGACUUGAUCUCUCCAUCGAAUAUCUCCGCCGCACCUUCAACUUCUGCUUCUUCUGCGUGUUUGAAAGCGACUCUAUCCAUGAGUUGACGAGAAAGUGCCCCGGUGGCCAUCUCCGUAGACCUCGCAGCACUCUCUCGUCCACUGCCAAAGCUGUUGCUCGAGCGAGCGCAAACGGCGACCCCUUCCCGUCCAAGAAGCGUAAGGAAGCGGAAGACGUCGAAGAGGGCGAGGCUCCCGAAGCUGAGCGCAAGUUUAAGACAUCCUCCAAGACGGAGCAACAGCUCCAACGCGCCUACAACUGGGUGAAGACCUUUGAGGAGAAGAUCAAGCAGAUCCUUGCACCGGAAACUGUCGAUCUCAGAAAGCUCGGUGGCAAACCGGUUGAGGAUGCUGUCAACGAUGAGCUUGGAAAGUAUGUCAAGCAGGAGGAUGAGCACAAGUGGCGCUGCCGAGUGCCUGAGUGUACAAAGCUCUUCAAGGAGGAGCAUUUUUGGAAGAAGCACGUGGAGAAGCGUCAUCCGGAGUGGCUGGAUAAGCUCAAGGAAGAGUUCGAACUGGUCAAUGCCUACGUUAUUGACCCUGCGCAUAUUGCGCCUUCUCGUACCGAUGCCAACUCCAACGGGCACUUCCCUCCGUCCGGCGGCCAGCAGCCGACGGGCACUCCCCGCGGGUUCAAUCUCCAGAACUACGCCAUGAACAAUAUGCUCAACUUUGGGACCUUCCCAGCCAUGCCUCUGCUCAACAUGAUGGGCGGUGCUGGCAACAUGAAUGCGGCUGGUUGGCAGCACGGAGGCGGCGAUGAUCGUGGUGGCGGUCCUAUUCGACGGGGUGGCCCUCAGGGGGGCAACCGUCCUCAGAGCCGAUCACACCCGUAUGAACGCCGCGGUGGUAAUCGACCCUAUGGCGGUCCCGAGGGUGCUGGAGGCCCACCAGGAGGUCGUGGUCGUGGAGGCCCAAGUAACAGAUGGGGUGACGGCGGUGUUACUACCACUGGUCCGCGUGAGGCUGUCCAGGGGCGCACCCUCAAGAGCUACGAAGACCUGGAUCAGGUGUCUGGUGGUGGCGGUGGGGAGCUCAACUACUGA